GGGUGGAUUCAGGCAGACCCCAGGAAUCAGGUAAUCUCGGCCAGGACUGGGGAGCAAUGUCGCAGCAACUCCUCUACCGUGCUCUGGUGUCUGCAAAAUGGCUUUCAGAAGCCAUCAAGUCCCAGCAAGCUGGCCUGGCCUUGAGAAUCGUGGAUGCAUCCUGGUAUUUGCCAAAGAUGAAGCGUGACCCAAAGAGGGAAUUUGAGGAGCGCCAUAUCCCUGGUGCAGUUUUCUUCGACAUUGAUCAGUGCAGUGACCGUACUUCACCUUAUGAUCACAUGCUGCCCAAGGCUGAUGACUUUGCAGAGUAUGUGGGGAAGCUCGGUGUGGGGAAUGAUUCCCAUGUUGUGGUGUAUGAUGGCAGCGACCAAGGUCUCUUUUCAGCACCCCGAGUGUGGUGGAUGUUCCGGGCCUUUGGACAUGAAGCCGUCUCCCUUCUGGAUGGUGGCCUGAAGAACUGGCAGCGAGAGGGGAAUGCAGUGAGCUCUGGGAAAAGCCAGGCAGCUCACUCCGAGUUCCAUGCCUCCCUGGACAAGUCCCUGGUGAAAACGUAUGAGGAUGUCUUAGAUAACUUGGAUUCCCACCGCUUCCAACUAGUGGAUGCACGUGCUGCAGGACGGUUCCGGGGAGUAGAGCCAGAGCCCCGAGAUGGAAUUGAACCUGGUCAUGUCCCUGGGUCGACAAACAUCCCCUUCACCGAUUUUCUCACAGAGUCUGGCUUAGAGAAGACCCCUGAGCAGAUCCGCAGUCUGUUCCAGGAGAAGAAGGUGGACCUUUUAAAGCCGGUGGUAGCCACGUGUGGCUCUGGGGUCACUGCCUGCCACGUGGCUCUGGGGGCAUACCUCUGUGGCAAACCAGACGUCGCUGUGUACGAUGGGGCCUGGGUGGAAUGGUACAUGCGGGCACAGCCUGAAAAUAUUAUUUCUGAGGGAAAGGGGAAGACAGUGUAAUAAGCUGCUUUGUCUCCCAGUUGUGCAGCUAAUUUGCCUUGAAACAAGAUUUGAAAAAGAUCA